AUGCAACAAGCAAAAUUAGAGGCUCAACAACGCGACACUUUCGGAAAGCAGAGCGCUCGUGAACUCCGGAAAGAAGGCACGAUACCUGCUGUGCUUUAUGGACGCGCACAGGACACCUUGGCGAUCCAACUCAACGCGCGAACCUUCAAACAAUUCCUACGAACGUACGGUGAAAACGUUGUCAUCAACAUGGCAAUCAGUACGGACAACACUGAAACUGUCAUUAUCAGAGAAAUUCAACGCCAUCCGGUGGAUAAACACAUGUUAAUUCAUGCGGAUUUUAUCAGAAUCUCUUUAGAUGAACCUGUAACAUCAGCCGUGCCGGUGAUCCUAAUAGGCAGUCCACUCGGUGUUGAGGAGGGCGGCACCCUUGAAUUCUCUCUCCGCCAAGUGACACUUCACUGUCUGCCGGCACAAAUGCCGAACGACCUCUCGAUUGACGUAAGUCAAUUGAGCAUCGGUGACGCUGUCCACGUGAGUGAUUUAAACCUGGACGAGGAAAUUGACAUAUUAGAUGAACCAGAGCGGAUUAUUGCGACGGUGAGCCAACCGCGCGUCAUACUCGAUGAACUAACAGAGGCUGAAGAUGGCGAAGAAGGAGAAAUGGAAGAAGCCGCUGAAGAACCUACGGAACCAGAAAUUAUUUCUCGUAGGCGCUAUGAUGACGACGAAUAG